CAUAGCGUACUAGCAUAUUGCCAUCGCUCAGUCUAAGCAACAGUCCUACGAUACGUCAGAGUAUUUAGCAACCUUCUACGGAACAAACGGACAGCAAAAAACAAUCGAGGACCAGACAUCCCGAGCAAACAUCAUGACGCGUUCCGAGGAACUUAACAAGCAUACCGUGGUCGAACUCAAGUCGAUGUUGACCGAGAAAGGCCUCCCAGUAACGGGCAAAAAAGCCGAACUCGUCGAUCGAUUGAUCGAAGCCGAGACCGGCGUACCGCAAAUUCCUGGCGUGACCAUUACUAGGGAAGCUGACAAGGGUGCUGAGGUGCCUGAUGCAUCCAACCCUGGCGAACAGACAUCCGAGACGACCAUGACCUCUAUCCCAAAUGAAGACGGCAAGACGACCGAGGUCGACAUCACCUCGGACAAGGCAGCCCCACCUACCACCCUCGUCGAACUCGGCGUUGGAGCGGAAAAGAGCCCGGCAGAGAUCGAGCUCGAGAAACGACGAGCGCGAGCGGCCAAGUUUGGGAUCCCCUUCGUCCCGCCUGCUGCAUCUGCUCCCAAGGCGCCUGUCGAGAAAGCUACCAAGCCCGAGAGCAAGAAAGCGGCUGGCAGUGGAAAAAGCGCUGCUGCGUCUACGCCGGCGCCUUCUGCCGCAUCUUUGGCCGAGUCGGAGGAAGCCUUGGCGAAACGUCGAGCCAAGUGGGGAGUCGUCGAGAAACCGGGCGCUAUGCAAAAGGUCAAGGGCAAGUUGGUCGAAAAGUCUGAAGCCGUCAAGGCUGCCGUGACGGGCGAGACCACCAAGAGCGAGACCGCUCCUCAACCUGCUGCACCAGUAGAAAAGACCGCCGAGCAGAUCGAGGAAGAGCGAAGACGUAAGGCUCGAGAAGACCGAUUCAAAACCGCGUCAACGGCGGCAACAGCAGAAUCGACGAACGGAGAGGGAGAGACGGGCGCGGAGAAGCGAAAGUUGGACGAGAGCGAAGGGACGGAAGCGCCAGCUACUGAGGAGCCUGCGGAAAAGAAGGUGAAGGUAUAAACGCGCAAUGACGUAUGGUCCUGCACUGCCGAAUGCGUUGCUUCGAUUGAACAGAAAAGGUAAAAGUAUACCCUCCGAUCACGAGGGCUUCUCUUCUCAACUUUCUUUCCUGCACUAUCUCCCUCACUCUUCCCCUUCGCCUCCCUCACACCCUUCUCAACCCCCCAUUCGCUGUUUUCGAUCUAUUACCAUCUGAGCCUAAGAAGAAGGCUGGCUGGGUGGCCGGCUGUGAUUCUGGUUGGGCUUGUAUAUCUGACCCAAACCACAGCCCAUUGUAAUGAGACUUCAAGAUGUCCCCAACGCAUCAUGAUCACUAUCAAGCA